CAUUUUUUUACCAUCCCCAUGAUCCAACUUGGCAAAAAGUAAUGUAAAGAAAUACAUGUGGACCAAUACAGCCUCCAAAAAGCUUUCACUAUAAAAACCAACAUGCUUCAAUCCAUAAGCCUUACACAUAAACACAUGGCCGGAGCACCCGAAGCCCCGUCCACCAACCAGAACCCCGACAUGAUCUUCGAGUUCAUUGAAGAGAACGAGCUUUCAUCAGGAACUUCAUUCAGUUCCGGGGACAGCUCUGAGAAUGGUGAUUUAGAGGAAGAUGAAAAUUCGGGUGAUCCCGAAGAGGACAGAUUGUUCUGGGAAUCUCAAGAACAACUUCUCAUGGAAAAUCUGUAUAGAACUAGCUCCACCGAGUCGAAAAUUAGGCUGGCAACUAAAGAGAUCAUGAAGGAGAUGAAAUCGGCAGCGGUUGGGUGUUGUAACUGUGGUGUGACCGCGUUUGAUGGUUGCCGGAUGUGUUUGCAAACGGAGAUCUCUGACCGGUUGCAACAAGCAGGUUACAACUGUGGCAUUUGCAAGGCCAAAUGGAAUAAUCUGAAACAAAUCCCUUCAGGGGAACACUCAUAUAUAGAAGUAUUGGACACUUCAAACUCUAAAAAGGGUGUUGUAAGUGUGAUCAUCGAGUUAAAUUUUCGGGCCGAAUUUGAGAUGGCAAAGGGUAGCCAAGAUUACAACCGUCUAAUAACCCGGCUGCCUGAAAUAUAUGUUGGUAAAGCAGAAAGACUCCAAUCAUUGAUCAAGAUACUAUGCUUAGCAUCUAAAAAGUGCAUGAAGGACCAGAAAAUGCAUAUCGCGCCUUGGCGGAAGCUAAAAUACAUGCAAGCUAAGUGGCAUGGGAUUCGCGAAGCAAAAAUGGUUUUAUCACCGGAUAUUUUGUCUGUGGUUGAGCGUUCGAACCGUUUGUCACGUCGAAUGGUUUCAUUGCUUACUUUUGAUAUGGUUGAGAGUUUGAACACGCCAUCUAGUUUACAUUCUAUGGCAAUACAAGUUUUGUAAUGAGUUAGUAUAAGCUUGUUAAAGUAGUUUAAUGAUUUUUAAGUUGGAGCUGUGAGCUGUUUAUGGUUUCUAAGGGUAUGAGUAUGUGUACAUAUAAGAUGAAGGUAUUUGUAGUUGAGAAAAAUAAAUGGGUCGGUUUAUGUUUA